AUGGCUGCGGCCAUUCUCGCGCGCCGGGCGGCCGGCUUCGCGGUGGGGGCAUGCGCGCUGGAUCAGGCUGGCCGGAGGGCGUCUGACUGCCUGGACAACCUGCGCGCCGCCGCGUGCACCCGGGGCGGCCUGGGACCCGAUGCCCUGGCGGCGCUGGCAGCGCAGCGGCCCCUGGGCGUGUGGCCCGAAGGGCGGGCGCUCCAGCAGCUGGCGGCGCUGGUCGCCCUGGAGCAGGCCUGGCGGGCGCAGGGCUGCCAAGGCGGCGAGGACGGGCUCCGAGAUGCGGUGCGCCUCGGCCUCGGCUACUCCCUGCGCUGCGGCAGCUCCGGGGUGCCCGGCGCCGGCGACGGCGUGUUCGCCUGCGGGGACGUGCCGGCAGCCGGCAGGGUGCUGACCGUGUACGCCGGCACGCUGUGGAGCGCGUGGGACGCGUUUGUGGGGCGGGGUGUGCGCCGCUGGCUGCUGGGGCCGAGCGCGGAUGACUACCUGCUCUGCCAGGCCGACGGGUCGGCGGUGGACGGCUCGACGCACACCGCGGCAGCGCUCCGGGGUGCGCAGGGCUUCGUCUCGCCCUCUGCUUGCGGGCAGCUGAUGAACCACCCGCCAGAAGGGAGGGUGCCCAACGCCUGCUUCGUGAGCCUCGACUCCCCCGCGCGAAGUGGGAGCCCUCCGGGCCGGCCCCUCGUAGCGCAAUCGACUUUCCAGCCACACUCACGGCUGUGCUGGCACCCCUUCAUAUUUCUCGCUUUCAUAUUCAUUCAGCUCCUGACGAUCGAGGCCCUCUCGUCGCGGAGCACAGACCUCCUCGAAUGGCACACCAUCGCGGACCCGAACGACACGCUCUCAUUGAAGGCCUCUCUGACUCGGCUCCAUCGGCAGGCGAUCGCACUGCCUCGCGCAGUGCUGGCGAACGUCCUCCGCGUCGGCGCCCCAAGCACUACGACAAGCCUUGUGGACACGCGGGUGGCCGACUCCGAGACAAAGACUCCGACCGUCCUCAGCACGAAGGAGAACGUGCUGCAGCCGCUCGGUCUGGCAGAGCUGGAGGUGGUUCAGCUCAUGUACCAGGUGGUGCCACGAGACCCUUUCCUGCUGCUGUACCAGGCGCUCACGGCCUCCCUGUACGACUAG